GUUACAAGAAUCUAUUCAAUUACAAGUAGAGUUUCAUUGUCUAAAAGAGUUCAGUAGUGCUAAAGAAUUAGUACUACAGAUUGAAAAUUUUAAGAGAAAAAGAGAUAAUAGAGAAGAACUAUGA